AUUUAGUGUGGGGAAAAACUGCAAAUAAUAGGCAGCCAAGAAGACUUUAAUUGCCAAAAAGUGAUGAUUUUAGAACACUAAACCUUGGCAUUCAGUGGCCAAUUAGAUUUUUGUGCCAUGGGGCCCAAACUUCCUGGCUCCAGCCCUGCUGGCAUUGGUGCACCAUUCAAAUGUAAAAAUGCCAGAUUGGAAGUUGUCAACAGAAUUGUAUCACAUUAUUCACGAAAAGGUGGAUAAAGAGAAUAGGAGUGGUUUGAUAUUUUGCAGUUUUACACACCGACACUUCCCAGCCUGCUGAGUAUGUGUCAUCAUACAGGUUGAUGCUUUGUUCCUUUAAAGUCAUCAGUAAAGAGGCAGAUUUAAGACAAACUACAGCUCAUGUACAAAACUGCCUUUGUUAUACUCAGUUUCUGCAUGUUCACAACUGGCACCCGGAUAACAGAAACCUCCCUGGUUGUCCAUGUGCGGUCCAGCUGUGGUAACGGGUGACCACACGUCCCCUUUUCCUGCUGCACACAAACACAAUGUUUUACACACUCUAACCCGAGGAAAUGGGGUUCCUCUGCUGAGAUCACAGCUAGAUCUGCCAGGCGAUGGAGUUGUUUCAAACAGAGAAAAAAAUACGGAAACUAUUUUAAACCCCUUUGAUUCCCCUUCUAUUUCCAAUCAAACUGAAAUUAGCUACAGAAAUCAAAGCCAAUGCUUCUGUCCAGACUUCCCUCAUUCGUCAUGCAGGUUGCAUGUCUGCCUGGGGAGCCAUAGUCCCCAUAACUCUUUCCAUUUAAUUGCCAUUUUUUUAGCAUUUAGUCUACACUGAAAAUACAUAACACCUAGAGGGAUGCUGCGUGGCUUUUGAGAGUUGAGGCUACUGAAAGGUAAAGGGAGAGAGGAGCAAGGACUGUUAACUGCCUUUCCAUACAAGGAGAGGUGAAGGGCGAGUGGGGGAGGAGAAAGAGAAGGAGAGGAGGGUAACAUGAGGAGAUACAAUAAGGGAGAGAGAGAAGGUAGGAGGAGAGAAAUCUGGAAAAAGAUAAAGGCGGCUAACAGAGGGAAAAAGACUGAUGAGGCUGUGCCAGUUACAGAAGAGAGGAAAGUGAAAAGAGCUGAAUCCUCCCUGUGAUUGUGCUGCUGCUUCUCCGAGUGAUCCAACGCAGAUAAUGUCUUCACAGCACCUGGCCUGUGGUUGGCUGCAAAAGCUGUUUGUUGUGCUUGUGAAGCUUUGUUUCGCGUUUGCUGAGCCUCUGCGACCCCUCAACGGAACGGGCUGCACAGCCAGAGGUCCCGCUUCCUACAUCCUGGUCUUUACAGGUCACUGGAGCCCGCAGGCUUUUCCAAAACAGUAUCCGCUGUUCCGCCCCCCAGCGCAGUGGUCCAAACUCAUAGCGGUGAGCCACAAUCACCACUUUAGGCUCUGGGAGGAGGGCUCUUCAGCCAGUCCAGGGGUGCAGAGCUUUGCUGAAGUUGGAUUGACGGUGGAGCUCAUGAAAGCAGCCAAGGAGGCCAGGAAGAAGCGUACAGUCGGAGCCAUGCACCGGACGGCUGGCAUUCCCAAUGGGAUCGGACACAGCUCCACGGAGAUGCUCAUGGUGCCCCGCAACCCACUGCUAUCAUUGAUGGUGAAGAUGAUCCCCAGCCCUGACUGGUUUGUCGGUCUGGACAGUUUGAAUCUUUGUGAGGGUAACCGGUGGAAACAGGAAGUGACCGUCGACCUCCAGCCUUAUGAUGCAGGGACGGACAGUGGAUUCACUUUUUCCUCUCCCAACUUUCCAACCACCCCCCCAGAAAACAUUACAAAGAUCACCUCACAAAUGCCGAACCAUCCAGUCAACUCCUUCUACUACCCUCGACUGAAGGAGCUUCCACCUAUUGCCAGCAUAAAGAUGACCCGACAGCAUCGAUCACCUGACCGCCUAACUUCUAUCUCUAACCACAUUCUACCAAACUCCAUCAGUCCUCAGCGCUUCCCAGCAACACCUUUGGACUGUGAAGUUUCUCUCUGGUCAUCUUGGGGUCUGUGCCUUGGUCCCUGCUCCAGAGGUGGAGUUCGUCACCGCACUCGUUACAUCCUUCUGCGGCCGGCGAAUGCUGGCAGCCCCUGCCCUGAGCUGGAAGAACAGGCUGAAUGUGUCCCCCACAGCUGUAUGAAGAAACACCAGUAACCGUCAGAGCAGGAGCAUAAAAACAGCCAGUGUUCAACACUUGGACUUUCAUGCAAUCACUGCUGGACUGAGAAAACAUUUUAUCAUGUUGAGAAUUUUUCUGAAUUUUAAAGUGAAACAAGGGGAAGUCCAUGUGCAUUGCCACUAAAACACGUCUGCAAAUGAGCAAAACUAAGAAAAAAAAAACUGGAGUUUGUUGGAAAAACUGGUGGAUGAGUAUCAAAAAGCUAAAAUGUUAUUUAGUCCAUCUUGAUUUUUACAAUUGUUGAACCUCUUAUUUCCCCAAAUGUUUGUCAUUUCGUAAAACAUAAAUAAAUGCAGAUUGCAACCACUUGUAAAUUUUCUCUGACAAAUAUAUCUUUCAAAAUCAUAGAAAAAUGACUUAAUUUGUUUUAAAACAAAAAGUUUGUGUUGUUUUGUCAAAUAAAUUCUCAUUUGUUUUGUA